AUGCGUCUAUACAUGUCAAUCAUUCAUGUGGCACAAGGCAUAUUUUCUGAUAAUCGUAAAACAACGGUUAAAAUCAAUAAAAAUGUCUUUUGUUCAAUAGGCAUAUCAUUCAAUCAGCCGAAGUUUUCUCCAUGUGCAUACUGGAAUCAAAAUGGAACGUUUUUCGCUAAUGCCAGCUCAAGGCCGUUUGGUUUAUUCGUCAAUGUGAACAACAGUGUUUAUGCCUCUGAACAAGACACCAACCGUUUUCAGGUAUGGUCCAGUUUAGGUGGCACUCCAAUUAGAACAGCAUCUGCUGCCCUAUCCAAUCCGGCUGGUAUCUUUGUUCACAGCAAUGGUAAUAUUUAUAUUGACAAAGGUGAUCUUGGUACGGUUGCCAAGUGGACUCCCAACUCAACUAGCAGCAUCGACGUGAUGAAUGUCGAUGCGCAGUGCAUGGGAAUUUUUGUUGACAUCAACAAUAUUCUCUAUUGUAGCGCUAGCGACAGCCACAAAGUAUUUAAACGAGCACUGAAUUCAAGUACAAUAAAUGCUACUAUUGCUGCAGGCAAUGGUACUUGUUCAUCGCAAACAAAUACGAUUUGUUAUCCCCAUGGAGUUUUUGUUGACAAUAAUUUCACUUUAUAUAUAGCUGAAUACGGGCAAGAUAGGAUAAGCCGCUUUAGGAAGGGUGAGCUGAAUGGAACUGCUCUCGUUGGAAGCACGGUACCAGGAACAUUUCAUUUAUCUUCUCCGAUGGGUGUUGUGCUUGAUGGGGAUGGAUAUCUCUUCAUUGUCGAUCAAGGAAAUGAUAGAAUUGUUGGAUCAGGACCACUUGGAUUUCAAUGUAUAGUCGGAUGCUCUGGUAGCAGUGGCUCAGCACUCAAUCAGUUGCAGGGUCCACGGUCACUGGCUUUCGAUACCUAUGGAAAUUUAUAUGUGAGCGAUCGAGAAAAUGACCGCAUCAUGAAAUACACUUUGUUUAACAGCUCAUGUGUUUACACUACCACUACAUCAACCACAUCACCAACAAAAACGAAAUCAACAUCAACAACGUCAACACCGUCAGCAGCGUCAACGACAUUAACAUCAACCACAUCAACAACAGAAACGACAGCAACAACGUCAACACCGUCAGCAGCAACCACGUUAAGAAGGAAAACGACAUCAGCAUCGUCAACAACAAGUUCCACAGCAACGUCAAUAACAUCAUCAGUGUUGAUGACUGUUUUCCUUCCUCUUUCUUUUGUCUUUCUGUUUCUGUCUAUGCGCAUGAUUUGA